AUGGCACAGCAAGCUGAGGAAACAUGUCACGCAUCUACGUCCAAACAAAUUAAACUUCUGAAACAUGAGGAAGCCUUCAACGCCCUGACCUUGAUCCAGAAUGCAGCGGGUGGGAAGAGAGUGGCCCCCAAAAAGAAGUAUUCAAAACCGUUAAUGGUGGACAUCAGUGUGCAGACUUUAACACCUUCACAACUUCAGACUGACUUAGGCAUUGGGACAUCUAUGACUAACAGCAGCUACCUUCAGAUGCCUGUAAUCCCAGCACAAUCAUUGAAUACAGCGUUUAUAAGCUCACCAAAGAAAGACCAGGACACAUCAGAUGCAUCCACACCUUCACCACCACCCAGUCCAGACAAAACAGACAGUGACUACAUUCUAUUCUUGAAGUUUAUUGGACAAACACAGUACUAUAGUAUACAGAAGGAUAUAGCCAUCCCAGCCAUAGACCAUUAUUACAGCCUGCAACGAGAAGUUGUUCUUCAGCAACUUCAGGGUAAACAGCUUGUCCUUGGUGGAGAUGGCCGUUGUGACAGUCCUGGCUACUCAGCAAAAUAUUGCACCUACACUUUCAUGGACACACUAACAGGGGUCAUUCCAGAUUUCAGUUUAGUCCAGGUCAACGAGACAACAUCGUCUACAGAGAUGGAGUUGAUAGGUUUUCAGCGCUCCCUUAGUAAUAUUGAAGAUGCAAAUCUUGCAGUUGAUGUACUUGUAACAGACAGGCACGUGCAGAUACGGAAGGCAAUGAUAACAGACCACAGCGAUAAAAACCACCAGUUUGAUGUAUGGCACUUAUCCAAGUCUGAAAAGAAGAAGAUCCUCGUCAUAAAACCAAAGAAGUUACCAACAGAAGUGAAACCAUGGAUUCCAUCUAUAUGCAACCAUGUCUGGUGGUGCUCCAGAGACCCUAAAGAUAAGCUAGAAGAGACGUGGACCAGCUUGUUAUACCACAUUUCUAACAGACACACAUUUCCAGGAAAGCUAGUAACCAAAUGUGGACACCCCCCAUUGAGCGCGGAUGCUAUAACUAAAAAGAAAUGGUUACUUAAAGACAGUCCCGCCUACGAAGCCUCGGAGAAGGUGAUCACCAACAAACUGAUUCUGCGAGAUAUUCGUCACUUAGAUCGGUUUUGCCACUGGAUCGUUAGAGACAUAUCAUUCUAUGAUGUUAAAAUACUGCCCAAAACGCCUGGAAUUUGACUACCCAUACAUGGUUGCCAGAACUCAGCUAGCUGUCGUAGACAACAAUGCCAAUAUCGGAAGGAAGCAAAAGACUGGCGCCAAUGGUAUGCUGUCCUU